CUGAUCUAUGUUCCCGCUGCACUCGGCAGUCAAGGUGAAAGGUUGUGAAGAUGGCGGCGGCCUUUAUGGAGGAAGAAGUGGAUAACGAUGACUAUUAUUCGCUAUUAAACGUCCGCAGGGAGGCUACCCAGGAGGAGUUGAAGGCAUCGUACCGCAGACUGUGCAUGUUAUACCACCCUGACAAGCACAGGGACCCUGAACUGAAAAAGCAAGCCGAGCAACUCUUUAACCUUGUCCACCAGGCCUAUGAAGUGCUUAGUGAUCCUCAAUCAAGAGCCAUCUAUGAUGUGUAUGGAAAGAAGGGACUGGAGAUGGAAGGAUGGGAGGUGGUAGAGAGGAAGAGGACGGCAGCUGAGAUCCGAGAGGAGUUUGAGAGGUUACAGAGGGAGCGGGAAGAAAGGCGGCUUCAACAACGAACAAACCCCAAGGGGACAAUUAGCGUUGGCAUAGAUGCCACGGAGCUGUUUGAUCGCUAUGAUGAAGAUUUUGAAGACCUGCCAGGAAGUGGCUUUCCCCAGAUUGAAAUUAACCGCAUGCACAUCUCGCAGUCUAUUGAGGCUCCGCUAACAGCAACAGACACGGCCAUUCUCUCCGGGAGCCUCUCCACUCAAAAUGGCAAUGGGGGUGGAUCAAUAAACUUAGCGUUGAGACGAGUGACCUCGGCCAAGGGAUGGGGAGAGCUAGAGUUUGGAGCUGGUGACCUUCAGGGACCCCUGUUUGGACUUAAGAUUUUUCGGAAUCUCACGCCAAAAUGUUUCUUCACUACAAGCUGCGUUUUGCAGUUUUCCUCCCAGGGAGUCAGACCUGGCCUCACAACGAUGGUAGCAAGGCAUCUAGACAAAAACACCAUGGGUUACAUCCAGUGGCGUUGGGGCAUCCAGUCAGCAAUGAACACUAGUAUUGUCCGGGACACAAAGACGAGCCACUUCACUAUGGCCUUCCAGCUUGGAAUCCCCCAUUCCUUUAUGAUGGUUAGCUACCAACACAAAUUUCAAGAUGAAGAACAGACACGACUUAAAGGAUCUAUUAAGGCAGGCUUGUUCGGGACAGUGGUGGAGUAUGGCGCAGAGAGGAAGAUCUCUAGGCACAGCGUUUUAGGGGCCACAGUGAGUGUCGGCGUGCCACAGGGAGUAUCAUUAAAAGUCAAGUUGAAUAGAGCCAGUCAGACGUAUUUCUUCCCCAUUCAUCUGACAGAUCAGCUUCUACCAAGUGCGGUGUUUUACGCCACUGUGGGACCCCUUAUUAUCUAUGUAGCGAUGCAUCAGCUUAUCAUCAAACCUUACCUCAAGGCACAGAAAGAGAAAGAAUUAGAGAAACAUAGGGAAGACUCCUCAUCUGACGUCUUAAAGAAGAAGCAAGAAGCAGAGGCUGCAGUGCGAUUAAUGCAAGAGUCUGUGCGGCGGAUCAUAGAAGUUGAAGAGUCUAAAAUGGGCUUGAUAAUAUUGAAUGCUUGGUAUGGCAAAUUUGUUACCGACAACAGCCGGAGAAAUGAGAGAGUGAAAGUCAUUGAUGUGACGGUGCCCCUGCAGUGCUUGGUCAAAGACUCUAAGUUGAUCCUCACAGAAGCUUCAAAGGCUGGACUGCCUGGGUUCUAUGACCCAUGUAUUGGGGAGGAUAAAAGCCUAAAGAUCCUCUACCAGUUCAGAGGGGUUCUGCACCAAGUCAUGUCUGGAGACAACGAGCCACUUAGGAUACCAAAGCAGUCUCACAAGAUCGAUGCGGACGGCUAGCCUAUACCAAGAGCAGAAUUUUGAUACUCAAAACUCAUAUAUCCGACACCUGGAACAUCUACCCUGGAUUAUCUGCACAUGAAUCCAACAAGCUGAAUUUUUUAAGACUAUAUCCAUUAUUAAAAAGGAAGAAACAAAGUUGUCAGAAAUAAUAUAUGUUAUAGUAAUGAUGAGCAUAUGCUGAUAAAAUGGCAUUGUUUUACCAGAGCCAUAUUCUCCUUUAAGGUUCAAUUGGUUUUUACCCCUUGGUGCAAUCAUAACAAUUGGUCUUCAACUUGUGCAUCUCUGUUGUGGAACUACAACUCCUAGCUUGCACUGAUACGCUUUAAGUUGUAGUACUUUAACAACUGGUGUAAGGUACGUGUGGAGAUGUCUUUAUGUUGCUGAACACCCAACUUUUUCUAUCUGUUACAUGAUGUAUGCAUCUCCAUAUUAUUGUAGGGAGCACUACACAUCAGUGGAACUAAACUGUAAUACCACGCACAACCUGUGGACAGAUGUGGCGCUGUUUUUGAAAGAAAGCUGCCAUGUUUUUUUUAAAUCAUGGACUAUCCCUUUAAAAUCAGUAGCAGUGUUAUAAUAUGUAUUAAUGAAUAUCAGUUACACCUACGGUAUGUAAAGUUUUCUCAAGGAACCCUGUGCUGGAGAUAUGUGACAUAAAGUAGUUAAUCAUGAGGGCAGAAAAAAUUGGGGCCGUCCUGACA